GGUACCCAAGAGGGCAGCCCACGGUUGCCAAGUCGUCGUCGUCCGCCCCGCCCCCCCCCCCCCCCCCCCCCCCCCCCCCCCGAAACUGGAGAUUGCUGAUCAUUGUGCGUAACAGCUCCUCAGCCGGUUGCCGGCUCGAAGCCGUAUCCUCCCCGAACCUGGCAAGGAAUUGGCAUUAUCACUGAGAGAGAGUGAAAUCAUUUCGAAAUUUGCCGAAAAUGGUCACUCAAUCAAUCGCUCGCCAUGGCGUCGGAAAACUGAAACCAUACUUCCAUAUUCUCAGUGCGAACUCAAUCAGACAGAGCUCCAAUUCGGUCCCUCCGUGGCGGUAUCAGAAUGUUAGAACCCUCCUUUUAGAUACCGCUUCUGAAUGCGUUAAGCUCCGUCAACUCUCCGAUUCCAAUUCCGGAAUUGUUGAGGUUAAUCUGUAUAGGCCUGGAGCCAAAAAUGCCAUUGGGAAGGACAUGCUGAGAGGAUUGCAGCAUAGUUUUGAAGUUAUUAAUGGGGAUCCUUCUGUAAAAGUUCUGAUGAUCUGCAGUUCAGUUCCCGGAGUGUUCUGUGCAGGUGCUGAUCUGAAGGAACGGAAGACAAUGAGCUCAUCUGAGGUUCAAGCUUUUGUGAACUCUUUGCGCUCCACAUUCUCAUACUUGGAGGCACUUUCCAUCCCUACUAUUUCUGUUAUUGAGGGUGCAGCAUUGGGUGGCGGACUGGAAAUGGCUCUCUCUUGCGAUCUUCGGAUAUGUGGAGAUGAUGCUGUGUUGGGCUUGCCAGAAACAGGGCUUGCUAUAAUACCUGGGGCAGGUGGAACCCAACGCCUUCCUAGGCUGAUAGGAAGGGCAGUGGCAAAGGAACUUAUAUUUACUGGUCGAAAAGUUGGUGGCAGAGAUGCAGUUUCAAUUGGCCUUGUCAACCACUGCGUUCCUGCUGGUGAAGCUCAUCGAAAGGCACUUGAAAUAGCUCAGGAUAUAAAUCAAAAGGGCCCUUUGGCAAUAAGGAUGGCAAAGCGAGCUAUAAAUGAGGGGAUUGAGAGAGAUAUGGCAUCAGCUUUCGCAUUGGAAGAAGAGUGUUAUGAACAGACUCUAUACACAAAAGAUCGCUUGGAAGGCUUGGCCGCAUUUGCUGAGAAGCGAAAACCAAAAUAUGCGGGUGAAUGAAAUAAGAUAUGAUCUUUUAACUUGCUUAGAGUGCUUUUUUCUGACUAAAUUAGUGUUUCAUUUUAUUUGACCCCGGGAUGGCCCAAAUGCUAGCUGGAUUAGCUUGUAUGUUAACAAGUUUAUGAUGCUUCUUGUAUGUUUUCAAUCAUUUUGGUGAUUGUCAAAAUGAUGUUGUAGGAUAUCUGGAACAUGUACCAUGAUGUAUCGUUUGACACGGGCUACUUUUUGUUAGUAAAAGAGCUUCUUUUGGAUGUUUCA